CAACAAAAAAAAGUUUUAUAUUUUAAACCAAACAAAAAAAAGUGUAAAAAACAAAAUGCAAUCAUUUAUGUUGCAAGUUUUGUAUAUUGCUGCAGCAAUAAUCGGAAGUACACAAGCUGCUAUAGCAACAUUACCCAAUGCCCAGGAAUUUGCAACAUCCACCAGCUCAUUAGUAAAUGUUGAUAGUUUGCUGGCAUUUCCACAACAAGCAGAUGCAAGCUCUAGCAGCAGUAGCAGCAGCAGCAACAGUUUUAGCAACAGUGAGGCAAAUGCCAGAAGAAGUUUACAAAUCACACCUUGCUCUCUAAGUGAUCCUAACCAGAAUGAGUGCAUUAAAAACUUAAUGAACCAAGUGGUACCUGAAUUGAAGGUCGACCUUCCUGAAUAUGGUUUGGGUUCCAUUGAUCCCUAUUUCUAUAGACGUGGCAUUUUCCGUUAUGCCAACGAUGGCAUCCAGGGUGGUCUUUUGAUCAAGAAUAUGCAAAUCCAUGGUAUUUCCAAUUUACAAGUCAAAUCGUUUGUGGGCAAUUUCACCGAUAGCGGUUUCAUAGUGAAGAUGGGCGUGGAGUGUAAACAGAUUAUGGCUGAUGGGCAGUUUAAGGCUGAUGUUAAGUUUGGUGGUUUGAGAUUGGUGCCCAAGGGACCAUUUAAUAUAACAAUUGACAAUGUUCGCGCUACCGUUUUAACAGACGGCAGUUUCAUCAAUCGCGACAACAGUGUAAGAUUGCAAUUACAUCGCCUGAAUGCCAAUGUAGCGGUAGGAAAUGCCAAAAUUAUUGCCAAUGGCAUCUUCUCAGAUCGUAACUUAAACGCCAUGAUCUUAAAUUUGGUGAAUGAAAACUUGCCAGAAAUUACCCGUGUCGGCAUACCAGCCACUCGAGAACAGUGGGCCCCCAUUUUAGUGGAACAUGUUAAUAAUUUCUUUGCCCAAGUUCCUAUAGAAAAGUUUUUAACACAAUAAGUUUAUAAACCAAAAAAAAAUUAAGAAAAAAACACAUCAAAAUCGCAAUGUAUUGUAUUUAGUUUAGUUUGUAAGCAUGACAUUUUUGUUUUAUAUUUACACACACUCACUCACCUUCACACACAAACACACAUAUACAAAUAUUAUUAAUUUUUUUUAUUUAUUUAAAUUUUUUUAUUGGAUUAUUUGUUUUACAAGUAUCUUAAGAAGUGAUUAAAAUUUGUAUAUUGUGAAAAAAUUAAAAGAAAAUUUAAGAAAUAAAAUUAACCCUACACAAAAGUUUUAAGUACAAAAUAAUUAAAUAAA